AUGUUUUCAGCCGCCAGCUCGCUCUUCCGCCGGCGUGCGGGUCGUGACCCCGCCACCGAGUCUCACUAUGAAGUCCCGCUGUACACAAAUGCAGCUUACUACCCGAAUUGGCGGAUCUAUCGAAAAGAGCCACCUUCAUCUUUGAGACUAGGAUUCAUUUCACAUGUGUUCUACGCAUUUGCCUGGGUCAAAGAAGACGGCACUGUCUAUUUGAGUGAUGAGUGGGCCGAUACUCAGAUGCCCGUGGAUGGCACCGAGGGUUGUCUACGGGCCUUUGUCCAGCUGAAACAGCAAUACUCCAAGAUGCGCGUCAUUCUUUCCGUUGGUGGAGGCGGCAAGGGCAGUGAAAACUUCGCCGCCGUUGCUCACAGCCGCUCAAAAACAGACACCUUCGUACGCACCGCUCGAGGAUUGGUGGACCAGUUUGGAAUCGAUGGCAUCGAUAUCGACUGGGAGCAUCCUUCGGACUCUAAGCAGGGCAAGGAUUACGUUCGUUUGCUCGCGCGCCUACGUGAGGUCCUGCCCGCUCCACGAUACGUCCUUACCACUGCACUCCCUGCUGGUCAGUGGGCAUUGAAAAACAUUGAUCUCUCUGCGGCUGCAAAGUACUUGGACAUGAUCAACCUCAUGACGUACGAUUUCGCUGGACCCUGGGCACCCGAGACAGGCCACCAAGCGCAGCUCUAUGGCUCGGCAGUAUCGGGUGAUUCAUCCGUGUCAUAUGUGGUGUCGCAAGGCGUUGCUCGUCGCAAGGUCAUUCUGGGCGUUCCAGUAUAUGGACGCUCAUUCUUAGGCAGCAAUGGGCCUGGCCAGCGGUACACUGGAAAUGGCGGGGAAGAAGGUGUCUUUGACUAUCGUGAUUUGCCCCGACCGGGCACCCAGGAGUAUCAUGAUCAAAGGAUAGGUGCAGGAUCUUGCGUGGGAGCUGAUGGUGGAUUCGUUACAUAUGAUACCCCUGAUACCGUGAAGCAAAAGGCCGAAUUUGUUUGUGAUGAGAAACUGGGAGGCUUGUUCUACUGGCACGUCUGUUCCGAUGCGCGAGGCCCCCGCAGUCUUAUUGAGACUGGUUACAACACUCUUCAUGAGAUGUGA